GUGCAAAUCUAAAUGUCCCCGAAAACUUUGAAAAUUUAGUCAAAGAAAACAACGAGUCAGAAAUAAAAUCUUUAAUGUUCAACGGAUAUGAUUUUGGAAACCAUCUUAUUAGUGUGACCCGUUCAACAUCCAACUGGUAUCCAGUCGACGGAGGGAAUAUCAAGAUUGUCGUCGAGGAACAUUUGAUGGGAAAUAGAAUGAUAAACGUCUCUGUAAAUGUGAACGACAAUAUAUUCAUUAUAAAUAAAGAUGAAUCAGCUUAUAAAAGUUCAUCCAGUCAAUUAGAUGAACGGAUUUUUACUGCUCUUUUGUCUAACGGAUUGAAUAUUGCAGUCAAAUCUGAUCAAAUAUCUGUUCCUUGUGAUAAUUCCUACAAUUCUAAUAACGAGAUGCUGAGUAUAGACGAUGCACAAAUAGAGAAUUUUGAGGUUUUUCUAUUCAGUAAUUAA